CAUGGAAACGACCAGGAAGUUUACUGCAAUGCUACGCUAGGCUUGGACAAAAACUGGCAGACUGAUCUAAACUGUGCUUUUCACGUCUAUUUUAGAAAGCCUAUUAAUUGUGUAUAAUACUAAGCGACUCGUGAUUUAAUAGUAAACAAGGAGUUAUUCUUUAUUUCAUCGGGGUACAGGGAUUCAACAUCGCGUUAAAUGUAGGCUAACCGAUUAGCAACCAUCACUGGCUAAAAAUGAAAGUCAAAAUAGUCCUAAUUGGCCCGACGGAGAGUGGCAAAACAGUUCUUGCCAACUUCCUAUCUGACAUAUCAGAAAAUGUGGGAGGAGAAUACAACCCCACAGUAGGAGUAAGGAUCCUGGAGUUUGAGUCCCCCUUAGAAGAAGCUAGUGAUAACAGAAGCUGCGAAGUUGAGCUUUGGGAUUGUUCUGGAGAUUUCAAAUUUGAGUCAUGUUGGCCCACAUUCAUGCAAGACUGCAAUGGUGUGGUGAUUGUGUUCAACAGUGAUGUCCCAAGCCACCUCAAGGAAAUCGAAAUAUGGCAUUCGAUGUUCAUCUCCACCCAUAGUUUACAGGAAAACCAGUGCCUGCUCAUAGCUCAUCACAAACCAGGUGGUGCAGUGGAGGACAGACACAUUUCCUUAGCCUCGCCUCUGAACAGACUUCCAUUGAUAAAAUCCAAUUUGGAGGAAGAGCCGGAAGAUGUAAGGAAAGCCUUCAACAGUUAUGUAGGAAAUGUUUUGAGAGCAAUGUCAGAGAGUAGGGAGCGCGAGGAGAUGUCUAUAAUUAUGUAA